CAAUAAUGCCCAUCAUGCAUUUCGUGCAAAAUGGCCGACUCAGUCUGACAGAAAUCCCGAUUAAGCUUUUAGCUAAAUUCAUUUUACAUCUCUAAAUUACAUUCCUUUUGUUUAUAUUAGGCAAAUUACCAACUCGUCGAUAUACAAGCUAUGUCCGUUUGAAUGAUCGUGGAAGAAAUCAUAACGUUACGAUAUACACUCUUCUAGACACAAGUGGAAGCAGUCUUUGACACGCUCGCUGCAAGUAUCGUACAGACAUGGCUUCUGUGAUGGCGAAACGGGAAGGACCACAAUUCAUAAGCGAGAUUGCUGUGAGGGGCAACGCCGCGGUUCUGGACUACUGUCGUACAUCUGUGUCAGCGCUGUCUGGGGCAACAGCAGGAAUUCUUGGCUUAACUGGGCUCUACGGCUUCGUCUUUUAUUUACUCGCAUCGUUUCUACUAUCCCUUCUACUCAUCCUCAAGGCCGGUCGUCGGUGGAACAAGUGCUUCAAAUCUCGGCGACUCCUCUUUACCGGGGGCCUUGUUGGGGGUCUUUUUACCUACAUCCUAUUUUGGACUUUCCUCUACGGAAUGGUGCAUGUAUACUAAAAUGUUAUGCUUGUAUUUGUGACUCAAUGUUUGUUAAUUAUCAUAGAUGUAUUGUCUAAUAUCUAACACCCCUGUUUGUCCUAUGACCAUUGCUUUAUGGUUUGAUUUUACACACUUAUCAAAUGAAACAUUAGCCUGCUUUUCCUCUUGCACUGAACUUAUAAACUGUGUGACAUUAAUUUAUUAUACAUUGUAAUUGUUUCUCAGCUCUGUCAAUUUAAUGGGGCCAUUGUACUUAACAUUUAGAAUUUGAGACUAAUGAAAACAUUCGUAUAGAUUAUUCUAAGCAGCCACUGAGGUGAUAUUCUUGCUGACAAGCCAGGUAGUUAAGCACUGCAACUGGGAUAAUUUUGACCAAAUUGUACUAAAUAAAAAAAGACAAUACAACUA